UAGUUUAGUUGUUCUUUCUUUCAUUUUAAAACAAAAAUGCACCCAGUUUCUAUUUAUUUUUGGUGUUGUUUUGGGCAAGCAGGUAAAUUCAGAGCUCUAUUUUUCUAGAGUAAUUAAUUGAGAGUUUAGUGUUUCUCAGUGGACAGACACUCCUUCUGAGGAGGAAAGUUUUUUGUGUGACACAGUCUCAGCAGCAGCAGCAGCAGCAGCGGUAGUAACAGUAUCAGUGUGGCGGUGUGUCUUUCUCUGAGAGUCAGUUGAGGGCGACAGAGGGAGGUGUGCUUCACUGUGUCCUGAAAUUUCCUCAGCUUUCCCCUCCUCAACUCUUUCCUCAGCUGCUUCAGCUCCGGUCCCGGCGGCUCUCGCUCGGCUCUGCUCUCUAAAGCUGGUGUUACCGCUCACUCAGCGCGCCAUGGCCCUACCGAACUGGACCUAACUUCCCCUCAGAGUCUGCUCUUCUCCCGCCGCACGGGGCUACUCUUCUUCUCACAUGGAGUUUUCUGUAUCUUGUCGGCUUGUUGUUGGUCAUCUCCUGAAGGAACAAGGCUUUUUUGACUUGCCACUUGGAGAGGAGCUUCAGAGUUUGUAGCCUCAACGACUGCAUGUCACACUUUUCAUUUCACAGCUUUUUCUUCACCUCGACACCACCGUAACUCCGAGUGUUUUUGGGCUGAUUCUAUUUUUGUGUGGGGAAUGGAAAUAGUCCACCACAGAAGCCUGUCAUGUCCUGACAAACCCUCUCUAGAAAGAAUGAAGUAGCCGAGAUGGAGACGGACAAUGCCCCGUACUCCAAACUCAAAGCAGCUGGAGUCGGGGGGAGAACGUUAUUUCUCUGCACAGUUCUCUACUGUACCUGCUAUCUGGGGUUGGCACAAGUACAGUUUGAAGAUGUGGAUAUCCUCCAGAAGCUGGGCCUGGUUGGGAAGAAACCUUCCACAGGGACACGCUCUACUCCACAGGGCGUCAUUCCCUUCAAAUCAGGAGUCAUCCUGACUCAGAGGGCGCGAAUUGAAGUGCCCGUGAGCACCGUAUUGCCGGUAUCACUGAGUGCGGAGUUUUCGCUCGUUCUCAGCGUAUGCUCACAUCGCGUCAACAACGCCUUCCUCUUUACGGUCGUGUCGAAGAGGAAGAGACUGCAGCUUGGGGUGCAGUUCAUCCCUGGGAAAAUCGUAGUCCAUGUGGGCCAAAAGAACUCUGUAUAUUUUGAUUAUGACGUCCACAAUGGCCAGUGGCAUAACCUGGCUCUGGACUUCCAACCUCAACGGGUUACUUUAUAUACUUCUUGUGGGAAGACAAGUGUACAUGCAAAUUUGCAUUUAAAAAAUGAAGAGACUCUGGACUUGGAACCAGAAGGCUCCUUUCUUCUGGGCAAAAUGAGCCACAACUCUGUGCAGUUUGAAGGAGCCAUCUGCCAGUUUGACAUUCAUCCUUCUGCCAAGGCAGCUCACAACUAUUGUACGUACAUUAAAAAACAGUGCAGGGAAGCAGACACCUAUCGACCAAACCUUCCGCCCAUUUUGCCGCUGUUACCCCUGGAUCCUAACAUCUCGGUCACCUUUCGGACUCCCAGUGCCGUAACCCAGCUAGUCAACAAAGGCUUUACCCCUAGUCUGUCGCUAACCCAAGGUAAGACACGGAUUAACCCUGUAAACUCUGGAGGUCUUAACUCUUCUACCCUGCCAACGUCCAAAUCUCAACUCCUGUCUGUUGCCACCCAAGGAACGGUACCUCCAAGGACAGCCAAACCAACUCUGCAACUUCCAGUCCAGGCCAAAACUCCAACCAUUGCUGCCCCCCUUAAAACCAGUGGAUCAUCAACCCUCCUCAAACCUACUCAACCAAGCAGCCCCAAGAAGACCAUCCAUGUAGGAACUACCAAAUUCCCAAAAUCCAAAGGGAUCAGCAUAUCGUUAACAGAGAGGCCAACCACACAAAAGCCAACGCCAAGUGUUCCACCUUCUACAACCAUAAAACCGAGACCCUCCAGCACUUAUAGCCUUUUGCCUUCCUCAAAGAGGCAGCUGACCACCUUAGCUGUCAAGAGAUCUGUGCCAGAUGUGACCACCUUUGCGACUCCCGAGCCCUCUUCUUUUGUCUCAGUUACCCCUGCAGCCACUGACGGUUUUCAGACCUUUGACCUGGAGCCGACCCAGUUUUCCCUCCUAGUUGGGCUACCUGGAUUGAAAGGAGAACCAGGAAUACCAGGACCUCCAGGGCCCCCCGGCAAGCCAGGAUUACCAGGGAAGCGAGGGCCUCGGGGUCCUCCAGGUCCACAUGGAACUCCCGGUCGUCCAGGGCCUCCCGGACUCAAGGGAAGAAAGGGAGACCCUGGACUUUCACCUGGCAGAGCGCCAAAUGGAGCAAAAGGGGACCCUGGGCUCUUGGGACCACCUGGACUUCCUGGUCAAGCUGGUCGAAAGGGACAGAAAGGUCACCCCGGUCCACCUGGCCAUCCUGGAGAGCCUGGGGAGCGAGGGCUUGAUGGAAGUCCGGGUGCCAAAGGUUAUCCUGGCAGGCAGGGUUUGCCAGGGCCUAUAGGAAAUCCAGGACCAAAAGGAGUUCGGGGCUACAUUGGAAUUCCAGGCCUCUUUGGUCUCCCGGGGCCUGAUGGAGAAAGAGGUAUUCCUGGUGUUCCUGGGAAGAAGGGGAAGAUGGGUAGGCCGGGCUUUCCUGGGGAUUUUGGCGAGAGAGGACCACCAGGACCUGACGGAAACCCUGGGGACCUGGGUGCACCUGGUCCAAGUGGAGUACCUGGACUUAUUGGGGACAUGGGGCCUGUUGGAAUCAUGGGUCUUCCAGGCCCAAUUGGACUCAAGGGGGUGCUGGGAAAUCCAGGAGAGGCAGGACUGAAAGGUGAUAAGGGUGAAGUUGGCUUGCCUGGAGAACCUGGAGAGCCCGGGUUCCAGGGUGACAAGGGUAUCCAGGGCUUACCAGGUAUGCCAGGCAUCCGAGGGAGGCCGGGGCCACAGGGGAAGACUGGAGAUCUCGGCCCAGCUGGUUUGCCCGGCCCCCCUGGCCCAGAGGGUUUUCCAGGUGAUAUCGGACCCCCUGGACAAAAUGGCCCAGAAGGCCCAAAGGGGAAGGCAGGAGUAAGAGGCAUACCUGGUCCAAGAGGAGCUACCGGACUGGAGGGUGAAGAGGGGCCAAUUGGACCAGCCGGGGCCCCAGGACUGGAGGGCAGGCCUGGGAGGAAGGGGUUCUCUGGAAAGCCGGGAGCGGAUGGGCCCAAGGGGGAGCCUGGAAUAAUGGGAAAUGUUGGAAUGCUUGGCGAAAGGGGUCUUGUUGGGUUCAUUGGGCCUGUUGGUGAGACUGGGCUUUUGGGUGAGAAGGGAGACCGCGGAGAGACGGGUCUGCCAGGGCCGCCGGGAGAAAAGGGAGCGAUGGGACACCCAGGAACACCGGGUGAGAGAGGAGAACCUGGACCACAAGGAAUACCUGGGCCUCCCGGUUCGAGAGGACUUAGUGGCAACAGAGGACCCAAAGGAAGAAGGGGGGCAAGGGGGCCUGAUGGACCAACUGGAGAGAAGGGGUCAGCAGGAGGCGAGGGUCCGGACGGUCCGCCAGGAAAAUCGGGUUUUCCAGGGCCGAUGGGAAAGAUCGGUGAAACAGGAGAGCCAGGAGCACGUGGAUUUCCUGGCAUUCAAGGACCCUCUGGACCACCAGGAGCAAAAGGAAUCCCAGGAGAACCUGGACCUUCAGGACCACCAGGAACAAUGGGCCCCUUAGGAGAGAUUGGCCUAAAGGGCCCACCGGGAAAAGUCGGAGACCGGGGUUUACCAGGUGAACCCGGAGAGAAGGGUGCUGUCGGACCUCCUGGAAACACUGGUGAACCUGGCCUGAUUGGAACUAGAGGUGAACCUGGGCAUGAUGGAGAGGCUGGACGGAGUGGACCCGACGGUGCCAAGGGUGAAAAGGGGGAUUUGGGAGCUGAGGGUGAGCAUGGAGAGAAAGGAGAGAUUGGACUGAAAGGAAAGGAAGGACCCCCUGGAGAUCCUGGGCUAGUUGGCGUCAGAGGUCCUGAAGGUAAACCUGGAAAAAUUGGAGAAAGAGGCAAACCAGGAGAAAAGGGUAGCAAGGGUCACCAGGGUCACCUCGGUAUGACUGGAGAAGUUGGUGAUCUGGGACCUGUGGGUUUUCCUGGGCCAAAGGGAAACAGAGGAACCAUCGGAUUUGUGGGUGCCCCUGGGAAAAUGGGCAUGCAAGGAGACCCAGGACUGUCUGGAUAUGAAGGUCACCAAGGACCUCAGGGCCCAAUUGGCCCACCAGGACCAAAAGGUGCAAAGGGUGAGCAAGGAGAUGAUGGGAAGAUUGAAGGUCCUGCUGGUCCUCCAGGUGACAUCGGGCCUGUUGGGCAUAGAGGAGACCGAGGAGAAUCAGGUGACCCCGGCUACCCAGGUCAGAUUGGUGUAGACGGACAAAGAGGCAAAGCUGGAGCUCCAGGUCUUCCUGGAAAUCCUGGUCCAAGAGGCACCCAAGGGCCUAAAGGAUCUAAAGGCGAUCAAGGUCCAAAAGGCAAAAAGGGUGUUCCAGGAGAAUCGGGCAGCCGUGGGUCCUCAGGUUCAGUUGGUCUUUCUGGUCCCAAAGGUGUUGUAGGCCGAGAGGGACCUGAGGGCUUGCCUGGCAUGGAUGGACUUUCUGGAAAAGAUGGGCCCAAAGGAAUCGCAGGAGAGCAGGGAAACGAUGGAGAAGUUGGUUUACCUGGAAACUCAGGUCCACGUGGUCAAACUGGACCACCGGGCUUAAGAGGCAGUCAAGGAUCCUUUGGACCAAAGGGUGAGAGGGGUCUUGCAGGAGAGACUGGACCAAUAGGAAAGCGUGGAGUCCCUGGAGGCAUGGUCAACCAAGGAAAGCAGGGUGACACUGGUGUUAAAGGACAACCUGGUGAUCCUGGUGAGCAGGGAUUCCCUGGAAUUCUUGGAAUCUUUGGACCCAAGGGUCCGCCGGGUGAUUUUGGGCCUAGUGGUAUCCAGGGCCCGAAAGGACCACAGGGUUUGAUGGGAAGGGAAGGAACCAUCGGACCAGUCGGAAUCAUCGGCCCCAGUGGAUAUCCAGGACCACAGGGGGACAAAGGAAAUCGAGGGGAAACGGGUGUACCAGGACCAAAGGGACCUCCAGGUCCUCGAGGACCACAGGGACCACCUGGUCCCUCUGGAGUUCCAUUGUCACUCAAAAAUGGGGAGCUUGGUGCUGCUUUUCAAGUUAUAUUUGAUUCCUACUCUGCAUUGAGGUCUGAUGCAUACUCAGACAUGGACCUCCCAAUGCUGGACCAGGGAACAGAGAUCUUUAAGACCCUUCACUACCUCAGUAACCUGAUCUACAGCAUCAAGAACCCGCUAGGAACCCAGGAGAAUCCGGCCAGGAUGUGCAGGGACCUGCUGGACUGUGAGCAGAGGAUGAACGAUGGCACUUACUGGAUCGACCCAAACUUGGGCUGCUCAUCUGACACAAUAGAGGUGACCUGCAACUUCACCGGAGGAGGCCAGACCUGCCUGAGGCCGCUCACUGUGUCCAAGUUGGAGAUGGGUGUGGGUCUAAUCCAGAUGAACUUCAUCCACCUGCUGAGCUCAGAGGCUGUACAGCUCAUCACCAUCCACUGCCUGAAUGUACCUGUGUGGGCCACAGCAGCCUCCAGACCUCCAUCCGCCUCCAACAGUGUGCGCUUCAAAACCUGGAACGGACAGAUGAUUCAGGCUGGAGGACUCAUUCAGCCUGACCUGGUGAAGGACGAAUGCUGGAUGACAGAUGGACGGUGGCAUCAGACCCAGUUCCAGUUUGUGACCCAGGACCCAAAUCUGCUACCCAUUGUGGAUGUGCUCAACCUGCCCAUCACCAAACCUGGAUCUAACUACCACCUGGAGGUGGGGCCUGUGUGCUUCUUAUAGAGCCCUGAGGAGGAGGCUGUGAAUUCUUUUUACUCAACAGAGAGAGAGAGAAAGAGAUGGAGGACUAUGGCCUAGACUUCUCUGCUCCAGUGUAGACUGCAAACUCAGAACAUGGAGAAGAUAAGUUCUGGAGCAUUCUGGGAGAAAACAGGACUUCUCGCACCAGCAGCUCCGCCGACACAAAGCUCUCUUUCUUUAAAAGCCGCUUCCUUUCUUCUGCGUUCCAACCCAAGACUGUGAGAAACUUUGAGCAGUCGUCUCGAACUGUUAGAAGAGUUAAUUUAUUCACACCGUUGCGUUUUCACCUGCGAAAGCCCCAUUUCCUGUUACAAACAGGUGAAGAAAAGGAAGCUACACAUGUAUUUGCAUUUACAGUACUUUUGUAUCAUUUUGUUACACUUAUGUAUUUAUACAAGUAUGUAUAUUUUCUGUAAAGUGCAAUAAUAGAAAGCAGAGAGAUUUUGUUGUAUAAAGAUUAAUCGUAUAUUUGGCUGUUUUUUAGGGAAUCAAGGUUUACUGUCACUAUUCAGGUUUGGUGGCUGUUGAGUCAGUGAGUGUAUAGGUGUGUGUGUGACUGUGUAAGUGUGAUUGUGUGUGUGAGUCUCGUUUGGACGAUUCCAGCUGGACUAGGCCAGGAAUCUUUGUGCAUAAACACAUUCAUACACAGCCCAUAAACAGCGUAUCAAAACUCGUCAGGUUUCGUUCAUAAUUUCGUUCGGACGGAGGUGGAUUCAGGCUUGAAAGUGUCAUUAAACGUCUACCUCCAAACUUUUUACAAGCGUUAUUGGUGCUUUAGGAAAAUCAGCUUCAAACAUAUACAUACAUUUGUCUCCUGUGGUUGGAUUGCAUCCAUCAAGUGUCUAUAAAUGAAAUGCCUUUUGUACUUUGAAAGGGAAUAUUUUUGUAUAAACAGAAAAAAGAAAAAAUAGUGUUCUUUUUAUGCAGCCAUAUUUUCACAAAUGUUUCACAAAUGUCUUUGUGCAUCAUCUGUACAAAUCUUUUCUGAGUUCUACCAAGGUGUUAUAUAUUUUUUUCAGGCUCUCUUCAGUCUGAAAGCUGCCAUUUGCUGGCACAAAGUAAGCUACAGUGUUGAUGUUCCUUUUUUUUAAACAGGCAGUUAAAACCCUUCUGGUGCUACUAAAUAUAGUCCACAUGAAUUAAAGGAAACAAUUGCAGAGACCUCCAUUAGCACUUCAUCCAGUCCCGUGAGCCCCGUCUGACUGCACACGUUGAUCGUUCGCCCUUGAGAAAGUGUCCGGUUCUCUUGCUCUGAGUACAGUGUGAUGUGUUUGUUAUAGAAAUGUCUCAGUGAAUAAAUUGAAUUUGCACAAUUUUUCCACUUAUUCUACAUGUUGACAUGUUCCAAUACUUGAUCUCAAAUAUCAAAUUACAUCAUGGAAAUCAUUGUUCUUUUAUACACCAUUAUUGUUUACAAAUUCUCUGUGGUCUAAGCUGAUCCUUGAUGGUUAAGGUGGUUAAGAUGCUGGUCAUCCAGGCAAAAAGAAAAAAAAAUAGGAUUUAAAAAGUGUCCUGCAGGCUAAAGCGCUCAAAUCCUGGUCAUGCAGCUUGCCAUCAGUUGCCGGAGCUAUAAGAGAGCACAAUUGGCCUUGCUCUCUCCUGGUGGGUAGAUGGCACUGUUUCCCUUUAUCACUUCAAAGGGUGAUGUCGAUCAGCAUGAGGCAUCUGUGAGCUGAUGUAUUGGAAGCCAUUGGCUACUCGGCAAUGCUGCAUCAGCUGCAGUUUGAAAAGAGGUUGUGGCUGACUUCAUGUUGGAGGAGGCAUGUGCUAGUCUUUACCCUCCUUGUGUUCUGGCAUCACUAGUGAUGGGGGCCAUACAGCUGAGUAGCAGCUGAAUAGGUGGGACGAUUGGCCUAGGUAAAAUAGGAGAAAAUGGGAAAAAUAAGAAAUGUCAUUUUAAAAACUAAUAAAUCAUAUAAAAUGAGCAACAAAAAAAAAUUAAAAUACACAAUGACCAUUGUAAUGGAUGCAGGGUCUCGUAUUAUUGGUAUUUGGUGUCUAAAUUUGGCUACUUUGGUUUAGUAUUGGAAGUAACUGUUGCCAAAAAGUCUCUCAAAUCAUUUCUGUAAAUACAUACUGUAAAGAGAGCACAAUUGGCCAUGUUCUCUCUGGGUGGGUAGGUGGCACUCUUUCCCCACAUCACUCCAAAGGGUGAUGUCGAUCAGCACAAAGCAUCUGUGAGCUGAUGUAUCAGAACCGAGCGCGCUGUGAUGCUUCUCAGCAAUGCUGCAUCAGCAGCUGUUCAAAAAGAGGUGGUGGCUGACUUUAUAUGUAUCAGAGGAAGCAUGUGCUAGUCUUUACCCUCCUGGUGUUGGGGCAUCACUAGUGAUAGGAGGAGUCAAAAUGAGUGGGUUGGUAUUGGCCUUGUAAAUUGGGGAGAAAAUGGGAUAAAAAUGUGAAAUAAAUAAUAAUAAAAAAGAAUCUUUUUUUUUUUUUUUCUGUGCAUUAAAGACAGAAAACAGCAUUCUUAUAUUUUCCAUCACUGGAUAAAUUAUAUAAGAAUAUAAGAGUGGGAUUUAGACGGCAGUUUGAACAAGUUAAGGGAAGUGUUUGGACAUACCGCUCUGAAAUUUUUUUUAGACUUCAGUUUUUUUUUUUAAAUCAGUUUCUCUGAUUUUGCUAUUUAUAGGUAUAUGUUUGAGUAAAAUGAACGUUGUUGUUUUAUUCUUUAAACUGCAAACAAUAUUUCUUCCAAAUUCCAAAUAAAAAUAUUGUAAUUUAGAGCAUUUAUUUGCAGAAAAUGAGAAAUGGCUGAAAUAACAAAAAAUAUGCAGAGUUUUCAGACCUCAAAUAAUGCAAAGACACAAAAACAAGUUCAUAUAUUCUUAAAGAUUUACGAGUUGAGUGGAAUAACCCUGUUUUUUAAGCACAGUUUUCAUGCAUCUUGGCAUGUUCUCCUUCACCAGUCUUACACACUGCUUUUGGAUACAUUCAAGGAUAUAUUCAAGCAGUUCAGCUUGGUAUGAUGGCUUGUGAUCAUCCAUCUUCCUCUUGAUUAUAUUCCAGAGGUUUUCAAUUUGGUGAAAUGAAGAAACUCAUCAUUUUUGAGUGGUCUCUUAUUUUUUUAGAGCUGUGUUUUCUGGAAUCAGGAUGAUAUGUGUGACUUUUAGCUAAAGGGCUGCUAGUGCUUGUUAGCUAGCAUGAUUGAGGUCUGAAAGCUCUGCAUCUUUUUUGUUAUUUAAGCCAUUUCUCAUUUUCUGGUGAAGGUGUGGGAUAAGUGGAAAACUGUACACAUUUAAUCUUAUAUUUUUCGCUUCUCCAGACAGCAGUACAUCCAACAAAUACUCAACAAACACUCAGAGCUCUGUGGCUCCUUCUCUUCGAAAACAAGGGCUUAAAAUUUCCACUAGAAGCGGCUGCUGAAGCUGCAACCACAGGCCUGAUUGUAGGUAAUGCUAACCUUAUUCAAUCGUUUGCUUUUCAGUUACUUCUUUUUUUUUAUUACAAUCUCUCAUUUUAUCAGCUCGUAUCAGCAUUUGGUGGUGUGUCUGAAACUGUCAAGAGCCGUCUUGUGUUACAGGGAGGUGCUUUUGUGUGUAACCUUUUCUAGCGUUGAUUGUUGGUUGGUUUGUUGUGCAGUGCAGUGCAGUGUUUUGUAUAGGGUAAUGAGUGCACUGUGUGUGUGUGUGUGUGUGUGUGUUAGCUACAUCUUAUAAUUCACCCAUAUGAUGCAGUUUGUCUGUCUGUCAUUGUUCUGUUUCUGUUUGAAUAUUGUUCAAGUCAGAAUACCUCACAUUAUUCCUCACAAAGAAACACAAUACUUCUUUUUAUUUUCUUCCCUCCAACAAUCAAAUUCAUUUCAAUUAUCAAAAGGUUACAAACCCUCUUCAUUUACCUCUGAAUAAACAGCUGGGUGCUCA